CGCGUUACGAGUAUAUAUUCUCCACGUGCCCCCUCCAUCUUCCUCUCGCUCGAACAAGAAAGACUUCCAUAGGUCUUCGAGUAACUCUUUUUAUUUCUAAGCGUGCACAUCGUUUCGUGUCAGACACCGACUUAAAAAUGCGUUACGUGGCCGCUUACUUGCUUGCAACCCUGGGUAACAAUAAGAACCCCUCAGCCAAGGACAUCAAGGGGAUCCUUGAUAGUGUCGGCAUUGAGUCUGACAUGGAACGCCUGAACAAGGUGAUCUCUGAGCUGUCUGGCAAGUCUGUCGAUGAGAUCAUCCAGGCUGGCAAGUCUAAGCUUGCCACUGUUCCCACUGGUGGAGCCGUAGCAGCUGGUGGUGCUCCCGCUGCUGCUGCUGCUGGUGGUGAUGCCAAAGCUGAGGAGAAGAAGGAAGAGAAGAAGGCCGAGUCGGAGGAGGAAUCUGAUGACGACAUGGGCUUUGGACUCUUUGAUUAGAUCUCUCAUGUAACAUCAAAUAAUAAAAUGGCUCUUAUAAACCCAAAA